ACCGGUGUACCGGGUUGAGGUUCUGUGUCUUCUUCUUGUCGUGAUUUUCCGGAGAAAGCCGCACAUUUGGUUGCAUUGAUCGAGACCACGCGAGUGAGCAUCACUUUAUCCUUUAGGUUCUCGUACUGCAGAGGCACAUUCAGUACGGUGAGACAACAUUUUAUAAAAGAUGACGUCUAAAAAUCAAGAAAAGUAUCCAGCUCAGGAGCCAGGUGUGCUGAAGAAGGUUGUCGACAAAUUAGAAAAGGCAGGGGAUGUUGUGCAAAGCACAUUAGAAGCUGCAGGCCAUUACCUUGAAAGUGAAUGGAACAAGCACAACUUUGGUCCCGUAUUGAACAACUUCGUAACCGGCUACAGAAUACAACUGGUAUCACGGGCCAGUCACCACACACUACAGAUUGUAGAGGGACCUUCGGGACAAUUAGUUUUAGACGGAAAGGGAGAAAUUGGUGCACAUGCUUGGAAUGCAAUAUGGACAGUGGUAAAUGAUGGAAACAACCAGGUCCAUUUGUAUAACAACAAUAACUUCCUUGCCAUCGUGAAUGGCGAACCAGUGGUCAUUCAAGUGGAUGUUUUCCAGGACAACGGGGCGCAGAUAGGAGCAGAGGCCAAGUUACAGCUAGUGUUGAAUGGAGACUAUUUGGUAGCUUUGCAGUCCACUGUUGGUCCAGAAAGAUGCAUUGGUAUCAAUGAGGAUGGAUCUUUAAAGACCGCUCAAAUCUGUGCGUCGUCGAGUGUCAAUUCCUUGUUUGGAGUCCUUUUGAUUAAAAACCCUGAAAAUGCACAACUUGAAGAUAAAAAGUGAACUGACUUUGGUCAUUUGGCUCGAAAUCGAAGAGUAUUACCUGUAUUCGUUGUAACCUUGCCUUACAUCGGAAAUGUAAAACUUGUAUUGAGAACUUUUUUGCAUCUUCCUUUUUCGUAUCUACCAUUGCAUCACAAUAACGAAUUCCUGACAUACUAAUGAUUGCCAUUACCCUUUAGAAUAUCAUUUUGAUAAUAUGUGUAGAUGCAUGACCGUAACUGUGAUUAAGCCUUGGUAAAAUGCCAGGAAAUAAUAUGUGCAAUUUCACACAUUCCUUUUACAUUUAUUUUAAUUUUUCUCUUGUGUCUUUAAAAACGAAUAUAUCCAUCAAAUGUUUAAUAUUUAUCUAUAUUGUGUUAUUUUAUACAAAUAAAGAUUAAAACACAA